AUGGAGAAAAUCAGGAUACGGCAAGUACUAUUAUUCAUCUGCGUUUUCAGUUCAGGGCUAGUGUACGGACAGGUUAGUUAUUCGAUUCCUGAGGAAAUGCCCAAGGGCUCGUUUGUUGGAAAUAUAGCGCAAGAUUUGGGAUUGAAUUUGAAAAGGCUGAAAACAGGCAAAGCCCGCAUUUACACCGGAGACGAUACGGAAUACAUCGCGCUGAACAAGGACAGGGGAGUCCUUUCUAUCAAAGAGAGAAUAGACCGAGAGACAUUGUGCGGGCAGACUACGCCAUGCGCGUUACAUUUUCAGAUCAUGCUAGAGGAUCCCAUGGAAUUCUACACAGUCACGGUAGAGAUAACAGACAUAAAUGAUAACCCACCUGCUUUCCGAAAGAAUGAAAUUAAAUUUGAGAUACACGAAUUGGCACAAACAGGGGCACGUUUCGUUUUAGAGACAGCGAAUGACCAAGACGUCGGCGUCAAUGGUCUCCAAAGCUAUACACUGAAUCCGACUAAUAAUUUCAUACUAAAACUGCACAAUGACGCGGAUGGGAAUAAAAACGUGGAAAUGGUCUUACAAAAAUCACUAGAUCGAGAGAAAAAUGACCAUAUAACCUUAAUGUUGACAGCUUUGGAUGGAGGCGACCCGCAGAUGUCUGGAACAAUGCAGAUACAGAUAACAGUUAUUGACGCCAAUGAUAAUGCCCCUGUCUGUUCUCAACCAGUUUAUAAGGCUAGUGUAGCAGAACACGCUCCAAAGGGGACUGUUCUGACCACUGUUAGUGCAACAGACGCCGAUCAAGGCUCAUAUGGCAAGAUCUCAUAUUCAAUUUCUACUGAGGAUGUAGAGUCAUUGUUUACUAUAGAGUCCGAUGAGGGUGUGGUACAGUUAAUUGGGGGUCUUGACUUUGAAAAGCAGAAACAUUAUCAGUUCAAUGUCCAGGCCCGGGAUCAGGGGGGUCACACUGAUGUUUGUAAAGUGAUGGUCAGUGUGAAUGAUAUUAAUGACAAUAAGCCAAGUAUUAGUAUUAUGUCGAAGUCGAACGCAAUAUCAGAAGAUUCAAAAAAGGAUACUGCAGUGGCGAUACUUAAUGUGCAGGAUCAAGACUCUGGAGAAAACGGAAAAGUCCAUUGUUCAAUAAACGACAACAUACCGUUCUCGCUUAAAUCAACAUCAAAUAACUUUUUUAGCCUGGUGGGGGACGGCGACUUAGAUCGGGAGCGACAUCCAAAUUAUAACAUUACUGUGACGUGUACUGAUGAGGGAGCGCCUUCACUAUCCAGCAACCUGACGCUCCAGUUACAGAUAUCAGAUGUAAACGAUAACCCACCUGUGUUUGCAAAAUCCUUAUAUGAGGCCUUCAUUCCCGAAAAUAAUUCACCAGGUGUCUCUAUACUCACCAUACAUGCAAAAGAUGCCGACUGGAAGCAGAAUGCACGUGUUUCGUACAUGCUACAGGAAUCCACAAUAAACGGAGAUUCCAUCUCGGCUUUUGUGUCUGUAAAUGCUGACAGUGGAGUUGUUCAUGCCGUGCGCUCUUUCGACUAUGAACAAAUCAAAACAUUUACAUUUCAAGUGAAAGCUCAGGAUGGAGGUUCGCCUCCACAAAGUUCUAAUGUGAGCGUGAAAGUUGUAAUUCAAGACCAAAAUGACAAUGCGCCCCAGGUGUUAUAUCCAGUGCAUACGGGCAGCUCUGUUGUGGCUGAAAUUGUCCCUCGGUCAGCAGACGUGGGUUAUCUUGUGACAAAAGUUGUGGCUGUAGAUGUGGACUCUGGACAGAAUGCCUGGCUCUCAUACAAACUACAGAAAAACAUGGAGAGGGCACUGUUUGAAGUGGGUGCUCAGAAUGGAGAAAUAAGAACUAUUCGCCAAAUCACUGAUAAGGAUGCUGUGAAACAGAAACUCACUGUUGUAGUGGAGGACAACGGACAGCCGCCUCGCUCUGCUACAGUCAAUGUGAAUGUGGCUCUAGCGGACAGCUUUCCUGAAGUGCUCUCAGAGUUCAGUGAUUUUACGCACGACAAGGAAUAUAAUGACAAUCUGACCUUUUACCUCGUUUUAGCAUUGGCGGUAGUUUCUUUUCUUUUUAUCGUCUCUAUCAUUGCGAUAUUUUCAGUGAAAUGCUACAGGUGGAGACGAGAGCGGAUGUUUUAUAAAUCCAACGGACACCUUCCCGUUAUACCGUAUUACCCGCCUCUUUACGCAGACGCGGGAAACACAGGAACUUUACAGCACGUCUAUAAUUAUGAGGUGUGCAGGACAACAGACUCUCGAAAGAGUGAUCUGAAACAUAUGCGGCCUUGCAGUCAGAGCAUAAUUAGUCUCAACACCAACGGAACCCUUACACUGCCGCAUGCGCACAGGGACAAACUCAUAAUUGAGGAUUCAGACGAUCAGUCAAGCAAAGAAAGACAACCACGCUAG